AGUAUGGUGUUGGCUGAUCUUGGUCGGAAGAUCCGGAAUGCCAUCGGAAAACUUGGCCAGGCUACUAUUAUUAAUGAGGAGGAAUUGGAUUUAAUGCUUAAAGAGGAAAUGGUUGGCGGUGUUAACAAACGGCGUUUAAUUCAAAAGACAGUUUUCAACGAGUUACUUAAACUAGUCGAUCCUGGUGUGACACCAUAUCAACCGAAAAAGGGACAACACAAUAUCGUAAUGUUCGUUGGUUCCUAUUCGGAAGUAGAUCCUGUCGUCAUCGCAGCAGAAGGUGUGGAGAAAUUCAAAAAGGAAAACUUCGAAAUAAUCAUUGUUGAUACAUCCGGUAGGCACAAACAGGAAGCCUCGUUGUUUGAAGAAAUGCUACAAGUCUCGAACACCGUGAAUCCCGACAAUGUAGUAUUCGUAAUGGACGCUUCAAUUGGCCAAGCUUGUGAAGCACAGGCGCGAGCUUUCUCAGAAACAGUGGAUGUGGCAUCUGUGAUCAUCACCAAACUUGAUUCUCAUGCGAAAGGUGGUGGAGCACUUUCUGCUGUCGCCGUUACCAAAUCUCCAGUAAUCUUUAUCGGUACUGGAGAACAUAUUGAUGAUUUUGAACCCUUCAAACCAAAGGCUUUUGUGCAGAAAUUGCUUGGUAUGGGGGAUAUCGCUGGUCUUGUUGACAUGGUUAAUGAUAUUGGCAUAAAGGAUAACGAAGAACUUGUGAGCCGUCUGAAGCAUGGUAAUCAGCUGGAAAUCUCUAAGAUUUUCAUUCUUGCCCUAAAGUCUGCGUUCUCGAGCAACUUUAUCCAAGUAGCACAUUCAGGUCUUUUUACUCUCCGUGACAUGUAUGAACAGUUCCAAAAUAUAAUGAAAAUGGGCCCCUUUAGUCAGAUAAUGAGUAUGAUUCCUGGAUUCGGUCCUGAAUUUAUGACGAAGGGAAAUGAAAAGGAAUCUGUUGGGAGGCUGAAAAAGCUGAUGACCAUCAUGGAUUCAAUGAGUGAUACCGAACUAGAUCAUCUUAAGGCGUCGGAGCUUUUCACGAAGGAGCCUGGUCGUGUUGUGCGGGUAGCGAGAGGCUCCGGUACUACUCAGGCUGAUGUCAGGGAACUACUUGUUCAGUAUAAGAAGUUUGCCGACAUGGUCAAAAAGAUGGGGUCUAUUAAAGGGUUGUUCUCCGGGAAGAAUGGGGAUAUCAAUCCAAAGAAUGUCAAUCCUGCACAGAUGAUGAAACUAAACCAGCAGAUGGCGAAGAUGAUGGAUCCGCGAGUGUUACAACAAAUAGGUGGCAUGGGUGGCCUACAGAACAUGAUGGCCCAACUGCAGAAAGCUGGUAAAGGUGGUGAAUUUGAUUUACUUGGAAAGAGUUCUGUCUACUUGAACUUCUUGAAUCGUCAGUUUGUGAAGCAUGUGCUGAGUGUGGGUGAAACAUUUCGAUCGUGGUUUUACGGCGAUAGCGUGAUAUCAGAUGGCGCAAUUCGUCUCAUGUCACCAGUGCACCCGCUAUUUCUAGCAAUACCAUAUUUCAUAAAAUCAAAGGCAGCAUUUAUUGAAUUGGAGGAAGUUUUAUGUGAUACGGAAUGUCCUUCAAUAGCUGUGCUGUUGAAGAACGAGCAGUUUUUAAGGAAUGUUGAUAGAGUUUGUGACUUUAAAGCGAAACCAAAGCGCUAG